CAGAAACAAUACACUUUGUUUCAAUCACAGCUUUAUAGCUUAUUCAUAAAAGCCAUAUUGAUAUGCAGCAUUCCAUCGACACUGGAUAUGAUAUGAGCAACAAUUCUCGGCACUAUGUCACCAAUGGCGAUAGGCCACAUCCUUCGACCCUGAACGAGAGAGUUGAUGUUGAUCCGUCGUGGUGGUCACAUAGAAUCUUCACUUCUGCGAUCAGAUUCCCACCCCCUCGUAUGCAGCUUGUAGUGUUCCGUAACGACCCAAAUUUGAGGUCAAGACAAACCGCACAAUCCCGACAAGCGAAUUAUGGCCUAACCUUAAAUGAGCAAAGGAAAGCUUUUGAGAAGCUUAAGAAAGAGAUUUACAAUCCUAUCCCAAAGAAGCUAAUACGAAGGUUGGGCAAGUUUUACCGACAAAACGCUGCUAGAAACGCAUCCGGAUCAGGAGGUCAAGAGACCGAAAAAGAAGUGGAGGAAGAAGAAGAAGAUGAAAAGUGCGUUAUUUGCUUGGAAGAGUUUGAAGCGAAAGCUGUGGUUAUGGUGACAGCCUGCAAUCAUAUGUUUCAUGAGGACUGCAUCGUGCCGUGGGUGAAAAGCCAUGGCCAAUGUCCCGUUUGCAGGUCUUCCUUUUAUGAAGAGAAACAUGGAGCUUCGUCUACGUUAACAAAUGACUUGAUUUCUUUUGUAACAUCUGGGGGUCAUCUUAAUAUAAUCUCUCCAUAGAACUUUAAUAAUGGAUGGUAAAUUUAAACUUUGCUUGUAACAAGCAUUUGAUGUAUUAAUGGUCAUGAGCAUUUAAACCAAAUCAA